AUGGGGGACAGUUUGAUGGCAGAGUUUGGCGCUGCAGCUUCCUUUCUGCGUAAAUCAGACAAGGAGCGCAUGGAAUGCCAGACUAGACCCUUUGACAUAAAAAGAGAGUGCUAUGUACCUGACCCUGAGGUUGAGUACGUCAAGGCCACAAUCACCAGCAGAGAUGGGGCUAAAGUCACCGCUGAUACGGAGUUUGGAAAGGUAAAUAUUUUGGUGAAAAACAUUUCUGAAAAUAUAUGACCUGGAAAAUCACAAGAUAAUACUUUUUUCUACUAGAAUAACUAUACGAUUGAUUAACAAUUAGUUACAAACUGAAUUGAGUUAUGCGCUUUAAUGUUUACUAUUAAAAUCCUUCUAGCAAGAGACAACAAAGAGCAGAAUCUUAACUUGAGAUCUUUAACUUUCAUGCAAAUCAGGCAUUACAUGUAAAUGGUUGAUUUGUGAAAAUGUUACACUGUGUUUAAUCUCAAGUUAAGAUUUGUCUCAAAUGGAAUACUUCUGCACAUUGAAAAUGUAAAAAAAACUAUUUAAUUUGCUCUUCUUUCAGACUGUUACUGUGAAGGAGGACGAUGUCCACCCCCAGAACCCGCCAAAAUUUGAUAAAAUUGAGGACAUGGCGAUGUUCACCUUCCUGCACGAGCCCGCUGUGCUGUUUAACCUCAAAGAGCGUUACGCAGCCUGGAUGAUCUACGUAAGUAAUGACCAGUCUGCUGAAAUCUCCAUUUCAUCAAUAAUUCAUUCAAUGAAUUUGCGGCAUCCUCGUCUUUCACAGACCUACUCAGGGCUGUUCUGUGUCACUGUCAACCCAUACAAGUGGCUGCCAGUGUACGAUCAGUCGGUUGUAAAUGCUUACAGAGGCAAGAAGAGGAGUGAAGCUCCACCUCACAUCUUCUCCAUCUCUGACAAUGCCUACCAGUACAUGUUGUCAGGUAAAAUAUAACUUGUCAUCUUGUCAUCUAAAUUAGUGCUGAGCGAUUAACCAACAUUUUUUUUUUUUUUUUUUUUUUUUGUGGGGGGGGGUUAUUAAAUAACUAAUUGACCAUCGUUCUUUUUUUGUGAGCCCAACGCGCCGUUUCUCUAAAGAAAUCAAAUCAAAACGAGAGAGUGGGACGCUGGACUGAAGGGAGUUGUGAUUUUCAUUAAGAAAAUAUUCAACCUCGUUCAGCGCAGAAACAUGGUAAUUAACUACAAUGACCUUCAUCCAUUGCGCCUGUUACGUUAGGUUAGAUACACACAGACCGCAUAGACCGCAUGAGAGAGGAAUGUAAACAACACAAUGAUAAUAGCGCGGGAAAGAGAGAGUUUGUGAAAGUUUUAUUACGUCAGACAGCUCUCACCAUGCUUAGGCAGGGUAUCCUAGCUGAAUAGGAUGACUAAAGACAGUACAGUACUGGGAGCAGAGAGAACUUUGUCUGGCUGGUUGGCUGCUACUGCCUGAGCAGAGAUGAGAUGAUGACUUUUAAGGAAUAAUACAUUAAUAAUAAAUUCAUUAAAUAAAAACUAAGUCAUUCUGUAAGUCGCUCUGGAUAAGAGCGUCUGCUAAAUGACUAAAGUGUAAAUGUAAUUUACACAACUGAAAUAUGUUUUAUAGCAAUUUUCUAUUUUUCUAUUGAUGUCUACCCAAUGUGGACCUGACAUGGAAUACUUUCAAUGUUUUUGCAACUGAAUUAUCAUUAUUUGGCUUUGGAAUUUCCAUUAAAAACCUAUAAUUAUUUUAAUGUCAUUAUUUCAUAAUGCAUUUAAUGUUUAAAAAUAAAAUACAAAUGUAAUAAUUGAACCAAAACCGAACUGACCUCAAAAAGCACUAAUCUCUCAGCACUAGUCUACAGUGACAUAUAUAUUUUUUUUAUGACACUUUAUGUACUUACUGAUACUUCUCUUUCAACAGACAGGGAAAAUCAGUCUGUCCUUAUCACGUAAGUACAUCAACCAAAGGUUAUAUCGAUUUGAGGCUAUUUAAAGUUAAGAGAAAUUCUGAGACAUCAACAUUUGUAUUUUUAAAUCCCAGUGGAGAAUCCGGUGCUGGAAAGACUGUUAACACCAAGAGAGUCAUCCAGUACUUCGCCAGUAUUGCUGCUGUUAGCGGAAAGAAAAGUGCAUCAGAAGAAAAAAAGGUAAAAUAGAAUGCAAAUGUUCAUCAUUCAGCGUUUCCCAAUAUGCAUUUAGCAGCGGUGCACCGCUGCUGCUAAAUUGUGGCCGCCACUAUAAAAAAUUGUAAUAAAAAUAAUAAUUUUGGGAUAAAUUAAAACCAGAUAUAAGUAUGUUGAAAAUAUAAUGGACCAAUAUAUUUCUUAAUAAGAUCAUCUUUGAGAACUAAUAAUCACCAAAAUAAAAACUUUUCUGCAACUGCUGCGGGAAAAAAGUCCUAAAAGCAUCACUUCAUCAUUAUUUCUCCUAAAUUAAACAUUCUUCAUGGCUGGACAAGCAUAUGUUGACUACAGAUCUUUAUUGCAGCAUUUUAACACUGUAUGGUUGUUGGUUUGUAGGGGACCCUGGAGGAUCAAAUCAUCCAGGCCAAUCCUGCCCUGGAGGCUUUUGGUAAUGCCAAGACCAUCAGGAAUGACAACUCCUCCCGAUUUGUACGUUUGGUCUUUGUUUGCAGUCAAAUAUCAUUUAAAUCUUAUCAGACAUGUUAAUCACUCCAAGUCUCCCGAGUGGCGCAGUGGUCUAAGGCACUGCAUCGCAGUGCUAGCUGUGCCACUAGAGAUCCUGGUUCGAAUCCAGGCUCUGUCGUAGCCGGCCGCAACCGGGAGACCAAUGGGGCGGCACACAAUUGGCCCAGCGUCGUCUAGGGUAGGGGAGGGAAUGGCCGGCAGGGAGGUAGCUCAGUUGUUAGAGCAUGGCGUUUGCAACGCCAGGGUUGUGGGUUCGUUUCCCACGGGGGGCCAGUAUAAAAAAUAAAUAAAAAAUGUGUGCACUAACUGUAAGUUGCUCUGGAUAAGAGCGUCUGCUAAAUGACGUAAAAAUGUAAAUGUUAAUCUUAUCUGUUAUAUUCUGUGGUUGAAAUUUAUUAGGAUACAAUUAGUUGAUGUCAUGACGUCAGCUAAUCUUCCUCGUGUCCAUCAACUAAUCUUCCCUUUUGGGACUGUAUGUGUGCAACAGAGCUGGGUUUAAAUAGUAUUUGUUUUCUUUAAAAUAUUUUCAGUGUCUGAUUGAGAACCAGAUAGGUGGAAUUAAAACUUUUAGGACUAUUCCAUCAGUUCCAUUACACCAUGCAAGCUCAAUCAUGCGCACCUACUAAGGUAUUCAAAAAAGAAAACAAAUACUACUUGAACCCAGAUCUAAUGUGAUUAUUAAUUUCUGCUUUGACAAUAACUUCCAGGGUAAAUUCAUCCGAAUUCAUUUUGGAGUCACUGGGAAGCUUUCGUCUGCUGACAUUGAGACUUGUGAGUACAAUACUCAAUUUGCCCAGGUUUGAACAGAUCUCUUUGACAGGAAACACAUUAAUACCAAAAGCACUUUCCAUACUGAUCAGAUCUUCUGGAGAAGUCACGUGUAACUUUCCAGCUCAAGGCUGAGAGAGACUAUCACAUCUUCUACCAGAUCCUGUCCCAACAGAAACCAGAACUGCUGGGUGAGUAUUGAAUCAUCAAACUGAGUAGGGUUGAGAUCAAUUCUGGAUUAAACUUAAGAUUUCUGAUGAAAUCCAAUAAAAUUCUUAUGAUGUAACCAGCCCAGGCAGUGUGCUACCCCCAUCCCUCCACUGUAAAACUCACAACACAAUGUAGGUGAUUUAUGUUGGAACAUUUCCUUUGUCCAUCAGAAAGGUGCAAUUAUUUAAAUGCCAUUUAAGCACACAACAUUGAAAUUCAAUGAACACAAAACAAUCACCAGCUGCAGUUUUUAGAAACUCUGACUAAUUUGCUUUCCUGUCUACUUAUAAUAUAACACAAUGCCAAUUUUCUAAUUGACCCCAACCCUAAUACUGAGUAGAUUAUGUUAUGAGCUAUACCACAGCAUGAACACAAAUUAAACUGUGCUGUUCAAUUCUUUUCAGAGAUGCUACUCAUCACUAGCAAUCCCUAUGACUAUGCCUUCAUCUCCCAAGGAGAGAUUGCUGUAACUUCCAUUAAUGAUGCAGAUGAGCUAAUGGCUACUGAUGUGAGUAAAAUAUGUACAUACUGUACAUACAAUAAUUUUCCACUUGUAUCCAACUCUUUCUCCAAUACAAAACAAUGGCCUUUUUGGAACUAGGAUGCCUUUGAUGUGCUGGGCUUCUCCCAAGAGGAGAAGAAUGGCAUUUAUAAGCUGACUGGUGCCAUCAUGCACUACGGCAACAUGAAGUUCAAGAAUAAGCAGCGGGAGGAGCAAGCAGAGGCAGAUGGCACUGAGGGUGAGUGCUGAGGAUUUAAAACCUCUCACUUCAUUAUAAAGUAGUAUCUGAAAAAUCUGUUAGAUUGCCUCUUUCAAUCAUAAAACUUGGCCUUUCUAGAUCUUGACAAAGCUGCAUAUCUGAUGGGCCUGAACUCUGCUGACAUGGUCAAGGGCUUGUGUAACCCAAGGGUCAAAGUUGGAAAUGAGUGGGUCACCAAAGGUCAGAAUGUCAACCAGGUGAGUCUCCCAAAAAAGUAAUUAAUAUUCAGCAUAAAACUUGUCUAUAAAGUUGCUAAGAUGUUCAUACCUGUCAUUCCCCAUUGAGCAUGCUUUUUAGUCCAGGACUAGGCCUAAUCUGUUUCUAGGUGUUUAUGUUGAGGCUAUGUUUUGGUAUUUUAUUUUCUUAAUAUUUUGUAGGUGUACUACUCUAUUGGUGCACUGGCAAAGAAAAUUUACGAGAACAUGUUCCUCUGGAUGGUGAUAAGAAUCAACCUUACAUUGGACACUAAGAACGCUCGUCAGCACUACAUUGGUGUGCUGGACAUUGCUGGCUUUGAGAUCUUUGAUGUGAGUGUUUGAUGUAAAUUUUAUAACAUGUCAUCUAGAACAUUACAGCUGACAAAAUAAAGUAACUGAACUUCCCUUCCAGUUCAACACCUUUGAGCAGCUGUGCAUCAACUUCACUAAUGAGAAGCUGCAGCAGUUCUUCAACCACCACAUGUUUGUGCUGGAGCAGGAAGAGUAUAAGAAAGAGGGCAUCGUCUGGGAGUUCAUUGACUUUGGCAUGGACUUGGCUGCCUGCAUUGACCUCAUUGAAAGGGUUGGUGUCUUCAGUUGUGCAGUAGUUUAUAUGAUGUGUACAGAGUAUUCUUUGAGAUUUCAAACAUUACAAGGGCAAUCUUCAUCAAUGUGCUUCAAUGACAAAUUAUUCUGAUAUUUAUUCACUAUGCUUUUCCCUUAGUAUUAAUUUAUUUUCAUUCUUUCCUUCCACUAGCCCAUGGGUAUCAUGUCCAUCCUUGAAGAGGAGUGCAUGUUCCCCAAGGCCAGUGAUAAUACAUUCAAAGCUAAGCUGUAUGAAAACCAUCUGGGCAAAAAUGCAUGCUUCCAGAAGCCUAGGAUUGUUAAGGGUAAACCAGAGGCCCAUUUCUCCAUGGUUCACUAUGCUGGCAUUGUUGACUACAACAUUGGUAACUGGCUGGUGAAGAACAAGGAUCCGCUGAAUGAGACUGUGGUCGGACUGUUCCAGAAGUCAAGUCUUAAGUUCCUGGCCAACCUCUUUGCAAACUAUGCUGGUGCAGAAGGAGGUACUAUAUGUUUCUAUCUGCAAACACUACAAACCACUAAAAUACAUAACAAUCUAUAUCAGGAGUCUCUCCAACCUUUUCUACUAUGAGAGCUACUUUUAAAAAAUGAAUCAUGUUUUGAGCUAAUCAUUUUUUUCUAGCUUUCAAAUAGGCACUCUUCUCCUCUCCCCUGCAAUUCUUCCUCGAGUCCUUAGUGUAUAAGAGAAAGUAGUGCACUAUGUUUCCUGUCAAUAUACCUGGUAAAAUAAUGGUUCAUAAAACAACUAUAAGGGGGGCCCUAUAAAAUCAGUUUUUUAUCCCUAAUUAUGGUUUAUAUUUUCUGAAAUUGUUUUCUCAGUUUUAUUUUUCCUGGUUUUAGAUUUUGUACUUUUUUUACUCCCAAAAUUAAAAUUGUUCAUAGAGAAACAACGAAAUGGGAUGUUCUGAGUCGAUGUCAAUGCUUAAAUCAUAUCAGAAGAUCAUUUUUAAUUUUGAGUUUAAUUCCCCUUUAAUUGCGCAUCUGGCCCCUUUAAUUGCGCAUCUAGCAUGUGAAGAAUGUACAGUGUAAUGUGCCGGUCUAGCAAUGCUGCUGCUCAUUUCAUAGCAAAGUUUGCAAAUAAUAGAUACAAAUUAUAUACUUAAUCAUGACACUGUAUACUUCUGCCAGGUAAGCCUACUUUGCAGUUAAUGUUUAAUUGAGAAGGUUUUGGGGAAAGUAUUUCUGUCAACCCACAAGACCGUAAUCAUCAACUGGCUACACACGGAAUGACAAACAAACACGCGCACCACACAAACAGACAGGUAAUAUUGCUGGAAAUUAAUUGGCAGAUAUUGUGUCAGGUUUGGCUUUUUAAGCCUAUAGUGGCUAACCAGGGGUGGGAUAAUGUUCCAUUGAUUAGGUAGUAGCUGGGAGCUUGCGGUGUCUGAUAGGCCUACUUGUGAGAUUUGUUUAUGACACCUUGCGGUGGAAUAUGAAAAUUGCGUAUACUUUCAGAAUUGUUUGGCGAGCAACUCAUAGGUUGGCUGCGAGCGACUGGUAGCUAGCUAUCGACCUGUUGGAGACCCCUGAUCUACAUGAUAGUAGUAAUAAUAGUAUAUUUGAAUUGUUAUUUCAUUAUCAUACAGCACCUGAAGAAAAAGCAGCUGGAGGAAAAAAGAAGAAAGGCUCUUCCUUCCAGACUGUGUCUGCAUUGCACAGGGUAAAUCUGAGCUUAGAUCAAUAUAUUUCUGAUGUUUUCACAUGGAAGAUAAUUAACAAAUGUAUUAUAUUUGCACUAAAUUUGAAAUACCAGUAUGUUGUGUAUUGGUAUGUUAGCAUUAAAUGCCGUUGUGACUCGAGAGGUAUUUAGAGACUCAUUCACUGAUGGAAAAUUUUACAUUUGUCAUACUCACAGGAGAACUUGGGUAAACUCAUGACCAACUUGAGGUCUACUCACCCCCACUUUGUGCGUUGCAUCAUCCCCAACGAGACCAAGACUCCUGGGGCCAUGGAGAAUCCUCUGGUCAUGCACCAGCUGCGCUGUAACGGUGUGCUGGAAGGCAUCAGGAUCUGCAGAAAGGGCUUCCCCAACAGGAUCCUGUAUGCUGACUUCAAACAAAGGUAAAAAUAGUCUUUCAUUUCCUUUCCAAAAUAAAUUCAACUCUUUACCUAUUCAAGUCUUCCAUUUUUGAAGAUAAUUGCUUUCUGAUUUAAAUUCAGAUACCGCAUCCUCAAUCCAAAUGCUAUCCCUGAGGGUCAGUUCAUGGACAACAUGAAGGCAUCAGAAAAAUUGCUGGGCACUUUGGACAUUGACCACACCCAGUACAGAUUAGGACACACUAAGGUAAAUUAUCUAAUGGUGCAUUCGUAACCAAGUAGAAAGUAGGAAUUUACCACAUACGACUCUAAAUAAUCCACUUGAACUCCCCUUCAACUGGUAAUUACUAGUGGGAAACUUGUCUAUCAUCCUGAGAUCCCACUUCUCCCACAUGCUGACCUCUGACGUCCCUUACUAAGGAAAUUACCUCGAUAACAGCAUUAUCGGACAAAAUAUGAUUCAUAAAAAGCAAUCUAUUAAUAUGGUUUUUGAACACUAUAAUUUGUUUACAAGCAAUGAUAGCUGUACUUUUAGUUUAUGGCCAUUAGCCAAUCAGCGUUUCUCAACAUGUUCAAAGCAUGUGAAUGUAUUCAAAUGGUAAAUUGCGACCUACCACUUGGUUAUGAACUUAGCAUAAAUUCCAGGAUGGAAAAGUAGCAGCAAUUACGGGGUCCAAGCAUUACAUUAACAAUACAUCACCAGCCGGCCAACCUGAGCAAUGCCUUUUGAAAUAACUGCUGAUGUACCACUGAUCAUGCUUAUCUCAUUUCAUCUGUCUCUAGGGCAAAUGGGUAAAGUCAAGAAAUAAAAAUAGAUACUUGCUAUAGCACCAUAAUGUAGUAGAUCCAGAUAUACAGUGAGCAAUUAAAAGCAUAGUGGCCAUACUUUUUGAGAUAGACUUCCUGUACAUGUUUUUAAAGACCUUGCCAAAUCUAGCAACUCUUGGUCAACAUGCUGGGUCGGAAGUUGUAAAAUCAGUUGCUCAAUACAGGGCCAACUUGUUGUCAAUUUGUGCCAUUUUCCUAGAGGCAAGAAAGUUUUGGGAAACUGGGGGAUACCACAUUCAAGUUAUUUAUGGUCAUUUGGCAGAAAGAUACAAUCCUACCAAAUACAAGAACAUCUAAGCACCACAUUAUGUCCUUUGUGUAUCUUUAGGUGUUCUUCAAGGCUGGUCUCCUGGGUCUACUUGAGGAGAUGAGAGACGAUCGUCUCGCUCUUAUCAUCACUGGCAUCCAGGCCAGAUCACGUGGUCUACUUGCCAGAAUUGAGUUCCAGAAAAUUGUUGACCGCAGGUAGGAAUGAGAAUAGCUUAAACUUUUGCAGACAAUAUUUUAGGGGUGAGGAAAGGUUGUAUUUAUCUAUAUUUUAUUAAAAUUUCACAGGGAUGCCUUGCUUGUGAUCCAAUGGAACAUUCGUGCCUUCAUGGGUGUCAAGAAUUGGCCCUGGAUGAAGAUGUACUUCAAGAUCAAACCUCUGCUGAAGUCAGCAGAGACUGAGAAGGAGAUGGCCAACAUGAAGGAAGAAUUCCUGAAGCUUAAAGAGGCUUAUGCUAAAUCUGAAGCCCGUAAAAAGGAGCUGGAAGAAAAGAUGGUGUCCCUUCUCCAAGAGAAGAAUGACCUGCAGCUCGCUGUCCAAACUGUGAGUAACUUUAACUGCACUACAGUUUCUUUGCUACAGUCACAUGUUUGGUCAAAAUUGCCUUUCUAGUUAGCUUUUAGCUAAGAGCUAACAAGAGAAAUUGAAAAACAGAGAGAAAAGAGACAUGAUUUGCUAAAUAGAUACAUACAAUCAGGAGAGCAUUUGUCGAGCAUUUGUAGUGUCCAAAUAUCUUUCCACCAAACAAACUUCUAAGCAUUGGAUAAUUUUAUAUACUUACAAUAUAUUGACUCAUUGACAGCAAGAAGACACUAUUGUUGAUGCUGAAGAGAGAUGUGAGGGUCUGAUCAAAAGCAAAAUCCAGCUUGAGGCCAAAGCCAAAGAGCUGACAGAAAGACUGGAGGAUGAGGAGGAGAUGAAUUCAGAGCUAACUGCAAAGAAGAGGAAGCUGGAGGAUGAGUGCUCAGAACUCAAGAAGGACAUUGAUGAUCUGGAGCUCACUCUGGCUAAAGUGGAGAAGGAAAAGCAUGCCACAGAGAACAAGGUAACAUAAAUGAUUAUUUCUUGUGAUGUUAAAACUACAAUUAAAUUGUUUGGAUAAAAGUGUAAUGACACUGUUCUGUGUCCUUAGGUUAAAAACCUUACUGAGGAGAUGGCAGCUCUGGACGAAAUCAUUGCCAAGCUGACCAAGGAGAAGAAGGCUCUGCAGGAGGCUCAUCAGCAAACGCUGGAUGACUUGCAAAGUGAGGAGGACAAAGUCAACACGCUGACCAAGGCCAAAGCCAAACUGGAACAGCAAGUUGAUGACGUGAGUAUGAAAUAGGAAUUCAUAAAAAGUAAAACAAAAUUAGUAAUAUCCUAAAAACAGGCUACAGUGAAAUAAUUGGUUACUCCGAAUAUUGGUUUAAUAAAUAUUCUAUCAGCUUGAAGGAUCUCUGGAGCAAGAGAAGAAGGUGAGAAUGGACCUUGAGCGAGCCAAGAGAAAGCUGGAGGGUGACUUGAAGUUGACCCAGGAGAGCCUAAUGGACCUGGAGAAUGACAAGCAGCAGCUGGAGGAGAGAAUGAAGAAGUAAGAUCACAGAUCAAAAAGUUUUUACAAAGUAUUAUUCAAUAGAAAACACUAUAAAUGCAUAUUCUUCUCAACAGGAAGGACUUUGAGAUGAGCCAACUCAACAGCAAGAUUGAAGAUGAGCAGGCCUUGGGUGCCCAGCUUCAGAAAAAACUGAAGGAGCUGCAGGUAAUUCAAGACAAUUGUUAAAACAUUUUAUUCAUGAAAGUUACAUUUGAACUAGACAAACUGAAUUCCUACCAUUUCAGGCCCGCAUUGAGGAAUUAGAAGAAGAGCUGGAGGCUGAGAGAGCUGCCCGUGCCAAGGUGGAGAAACAGAGGGCAGACUUGGCCAGAGAACUAGAAGAGAUCAGUGAGAGGCUGGAGGAGGCUGGUGGAGCCACUGCUGCCCAGAUUGAGAUGAACAAGAAGAGGGAGGCUGAGUUCCAGAAGGUGCGCAGAGACCUUGAAGAAGCUACUCUGCAGCAUGAAGCUACAGCUGCAACUCUGAGGAAGAAAAAUGCUGACAGUGUAGCUGACCUGGGAGAACAGAUUGACAACCUUCAGAGAGUGAAGCAGAAGCUCGAGAAAGAGAAGAGUGAGCUCAGGCUGGAGCUGGAUGAUGUGGUCUCCAACAUGGAGCAGAUUGUCAAGUCCAAAGUAUGUGGUAUCAUUGGUAAAUCUAAAUAAAAUGUUUUCUAUACAUGCUUUUUAAAGAUACAAUCUAGUGACGCUGUUCUGUCAUUCAAAAACAAAUCUGCUUUUAGACAAACUUGGAGAAAAUGUGCCGCACUCUAGAGGACCAGAUGAGUGAAUACAGGACGAAAGCUGAGGAAGGACAGCGAUCCAUCAAUGAUUUCACCAUGCAGAAAGCAAAGCUUCAAACUGAGAAUGGUAUAUUAACAAAAAACCUGGACAUUCACAUAAACAGCCACAAUAAAUAACCAGAUUAAGUAAUAUAAUUUGAAUUGCAUGAAAACAGGUGAACUUGCCAGACAGUUGGAGGAGAAGGACUCUCUGGUCUCCCAACUGACCAGAGGUAAGCAGUCCAAUGUUCAGCAGAUUGAAGACCUCAAGAGACAACUGGAGGAGGAAGUCAAGGUAUUUAGACAAAUAAUGCAGUGUUCCUUAUCUAACUACAUUUGUGACCAACCGGCUCGAUUCGGUUUUAUGUAGCAAAAUUUGAAAUUUUGUUUUCUACAUUGGAUAAAAGUAGAGACUCAGAGCUAGAAAAUGGUGUAUCAUACACUACAGUUGAGAAACAAUGGGAAAGUAAUUAUAUUUUGAAAGUUGAAAAAUAAAUGGCCCUUGAAUGUUUUGGUACACGUACUGGAGAGCUCUUCUUUGUCUACACCCAUUCAGAAUCGUUCACAUUCUCUUAAGCCUUAGCCCCACCCAUCUCUUUAAGGAUUCACAUGCAUGACAUCAGCAGCCUGGUGGUCCAAAAUAGCAUAACUGGUGUAUUUUAACACCAAUAAACCCAUCCGUUUAAAAAUGAGCAAACUAAGCAACUAAAAGCAACUUUCUAAACAAUGUUUUGGUUAGUUUCUAGCUUGUUAGCUAGGUAGCUCAUGUUAAGUUAGCUGGCUUGCCAGUUCAAAUAAUGACCACAUCAAAUAGCUAACAUCGUCUUAACUUUAGCUAAUUUUAUUUAUUAUUGCAGGAAAAUAAACUCACAACAAGAUCACUAUUUACAUGUUAAUGGCAAGCUAAUUACAGAAAAUAGCUUACGGUUGUGAGUGUGACAUAAUACAACUUUAAAAGCAGGGCAUUCUACCAGAGAAUUUUAGAACUUGGACACUGUCUCGUUGGCCUAACGUUGUAUCCUAAUUUGACUUGCAGGUCAUGUUGUUCUUCACAUUACGGUCUCUGCUAAACACACACUAUAUCAAAUAAAAUCAACGUUUCUUCGUCACAUGCACAGGAUACGGAAGGUGUAAACGGUACAGUGAAAUGGUACCUUGCAUAGUGGAGUCUUUUGUUUAGACAUGUAGCUAGCUAGCUAAACAAUUAACCAUAAUCCCAACUCAUAACGUUACCACCCUGGAAUGAAUCUGCAGGUAGCUAACCAACUAGAUUCAAUGUUAGCUAGCUAGCUAACAUUAGGCUAUAACUACCAAUAAAAAUGGCUCUGAGAUACGAAUAAUAUUACGACACAGUUCAUACAUGUAACGUUAGCUAGCAAGUUAACAGUACGCUUUAACUUCCAAUGACAACAGCUUUCUGACAAAAUUAGAAACGUCUAAUAUCUGAAAAUGUAGCCAGCUAGAUUAUCUUACCCGUAUAAAUGGAUGAACGCUUCUCCCUCUCUGUCACGGAUGCCAUGGCAGCGCUUAGUUUGAAGAUAUAAUCCAGACAGGUGUUUUAUACAACAGCCAUCUGGGUGUUCUCUUUUCGACUCCAUCCGCAUAUUUGCAAUCAAAUGCCAGAAAUUUCUCCAUCUCCUUAGCUAUCAUACUCUGCUUCCACCGGGCAUUACACUGAUUUCAAAACUUGGUCCUCCAGAAAGUCAAGAGCAUUAGCAACACUUUUGCAGUUAUUCGUGAUAUCUUUAAAAAAAAAGCAGUGUUAGAAAUGAUUACCUACACAUACUGAACAGCCUUUUGUUAUAGACAGAAGCAUGCUACAUGGCAGACCAAUCCAAACUCAUCUCUCGACAUGUCGUGCACAUCCAUUAUCUCAGCCAAUCAUGGCUAGCGGGAAGGUUCCGGUCUUUUUCCGUGGCUAAAUCAACAAGGCUCGUAAUUUAACAACUUUACUCGCAUUUACAGAUGGCAUACAACGUUGUUAUUAAGGCACAUGAAAGUUCACAUGUUCCAGAAGGCAUUUCUGUCAAAAAACACAUUUUGAUAAAAACACAAAAAACUUUUAGGUUAAAAUGCCUGUCCUGUGAAGUAGUGACGCGCGACAUACACCUAGUUUCCUGAAACAAGUCACAUUUAUAUUUUUUUUUAUGUCAUUACCAGGCAAAGAAUGCACUUGCCCAUGCAGUGCAGUCUGCUCGCCAUGACUCAGAUCUACUGAGGGAGCAGUAUGAGGAGGAGCAGGAGGCCAAGGCUGAGCUGCAGCGUGGCAUGUCCAAGGCUAAUGCUGAGGUGGCUCAGUGGAGAACCAAGUAUGAAACUGAUGCCAUCCAGAAGACUGAGGAGCUUGAGGAUGCAAAGUAAGGAUGUUUUCUUACUUUCUCUUACUUUUCAGGCUGUUGAAUAUUGGGUGAAUGAGCGAUACACAAAAGUACAUGAUGAAUAAAUAAUACAUUGAUUAGCUGUUAAUCAACCAUUAUAUUGUAUAUCAGCCAGAAAAGACGUUCUGAAAUGUGUUUCUCAUCUAUGUCAAUCUAGGAAGAAGCUGGCUCAGCGUCUGCAGGAUGCAGAGGAAGCUGUGGAAGCUGUAAAUGCUAAAUGUUCAUCCCUGGAGAAGACUAAACACAGACUCCAGAAUGAGAUUGAAGAUCUCAUGGUGGAUGUGGAGAGAUCCAAUGCAGCUGCUGCCUCUCUGGACAAGAAGCAAAGGAACUUUGACAAGGUAAGAAAAAAGUAAUAUUAGCCUUAAUUAUAGUACAUGAUAGGGGUGGCAGGGAGCCUAGUGGUUAGAGAUGUGGGCCAACACCCUCAGAUGGGAAAACCUGGUGCGGAGUUACUACAUCCUACAGUACCACCGCCUGCUGUUGUUCCCUUGAGCAAGUUACUUAACACCCAAUAAUUGCUCCAAGGGCGCUGCACUGCAGCUGACCCAUUGCUUCCAGCCCCUGUGUGUCACGGGGGGUUGGGUUGUGAGCAUAAAGACACAUUUCGGUUCUCUGUAAGUUAAUGGACAAUAAAGUAUAUCUUAUCUUAAUCAUACACUGUAUUCCAACUACCUACAAUACAUGUAUGACUUCCAGGUCCUGGCUGAGUGGAAGCAGAAGUUUGAGGAGUCUCAGACUGAGUUGGAGAGCUCCCAGAAAGAGGCCAGAUCUCUUAGCACUGAGCUCUUCAAACUCAAGAACUCUUAUGAGGAGUCUCUGGAUCAUCUGGAGACCAUGAAGAGGGAGAACAAGAACCUCCAAGGUCAGAGCAUAAGAAUUAAUGGCCUAUAUAUCUUAGUCAAUUAAAGAUUGAUAUGUUAUAGAGAUCAGUUAUCACAAAAAGAUUUUGAUGUACAAUUAUGUCUUUCCACAGAGGAAAUUUCUGACCUGACUGAGCAGCUUGGUGAGGGAGGAAAGAACAUCCAUGAACUGGAAAAGAUCCGUAAACAGCUGGAGCAGGAGAAGGCUGAGAUACAGUCUGCUCUAGAGGAAGCUGAGGUGAGACUGGAAAAUAUUUACUCGUAGUGAAAGUACCAGAAUUACAUUUAAAGAUUUUACAAACUAUGGGUGGCUGUGUUCUCAUAGGGCUCCCUGGAGCAUGAGGAGGGCAAGAUCAUGAGAGCUCAGCUGGAGUUUAAUCAGGUGAAAGCUGACAUUGAACGGAAGAUGGUGGAGAAGGAUGAGGAAAUGGAGAUGAAUAAGAGGAACCAGCAGAGAGUUGUGGAUACCCUGCAAAGCUCCCUGGAGUCAGAGACUCGCAGCAGGAAUGAAGCUCUCAGGCUGAAGAAGAAGAUGGAGGGAGAUCUCAAUGAGAUGGAGAUCCAGCUCAGCCAGGCCAACAGGCAGGCAUCCGAGGCCCAGAAGCAACUUAAGGGUCUCCAUUCCCAUCUGAAGGUAAUAUUUCCACACCAUUGAAUUAAAAACAUUGCAUUUGCCUUAAAAAAAAGCCACACUGUGUAACAAUAAAAUAAAUAUAGUAAAAUUCUCUCUACAGGAUUCUCAACUGCAGCUGGAUGAUGCUCUUCGUGUCAGUGAUGACUUGAAGGAGAACAUUGCCAUUGUGGAGAGACGCAACAACCUGAUGCAGGCUGAACUGGAUGAGCUGAGAGCCCUGGUGGAGCAGACUGAGAGAGGCCGCAAACUGGCUGAGCAGGAACUGCUUGAUGUUAGUGAGAGAGUUCAGCUGCUGCACUCACAGGUAAGACAGUAAUAGAUAACAAUUAGGGAUCUCCUUAAAUAUCUGCUACUUGAGGUAUGUAGAGGUAAUAUACGAAUAACGUUUCAUAUACAGUGGGGAGAACAAGUAUUUGAUACACUGCCGAUUUUGCAGGUUUUCCUACUUACAAAGCAUGUAGAGGUCUGUAAUUUUUAUCAUAGUUACACUUCAACUGUGAGAGACGGAAUCGAAGUCAAAAAUCCAGAAAAUCACAUUGUAUGAUUUUUAAGUAAUUAAUUUGCAUUUUAUUGCAUGACAUAAGUAUUUGAUACAUCAGAAAAGCAGAACUUAAUAUUUGGUACAGAAACCUUUGUUUGCGAUUACAGAGAUCAUACAUUUCCUGUAGGUCUUGACCAGGGUUGCACACACUGCAGCAGGGAUUUUGCCCCACUCCUCCAUACAGACCUUCUCCAGAUCCUUCAGGUUUCGGGGCUGUCGCUUGGGCAAUACGGACUUUCAGCUCCCUCCAAAGAAUUUCUAUUGGGUACAGGUCUGGAGACUGGCUAGGCCACUCCAGGACCUUGAGAUGCGUCUUACGGAGCCACUCCUUAGUUGCCCUGGCUGUGUGUUUCGGGUCAUUUCAUGCUGGAAGACCCAGCCACGACCCAUCUUCAAUGCUCUUACUGAGGGAAGGAGGUUGUUGGCCAAGAUCUCGCGAUACAUGGCCGCAUCCAUCCUCCCCUCAAUACGGUGCAGUCGUCCUGUCCCCUUUGCAGAAAAGCAUCCCCAAAGAAUGAUGUUUCCAACUCCAUGCUUCACGGUUGGGAUGGUGUUCUUGGGGUUGUAUUCAACCUUCUUCUUCCUCCAAACACGGCGAGUGGAGUUUAGACCAAAAAGCUAUAUUUUUGUCUCAUCAGACCACAUGACCUUCUCCCAUUCCUCCUCUGGAUCAUCCAGAUGGUCAUUGGCAAACUUCAGACGGGCCUGGACAUGCGCUGGCUUGAGCAGGGGGACCUUGCGUACGCUGCAGGAUUUUAAUCCAUGACGGCGUAGUUUGUUACUAAUGGUUUUCUUUGAGACUGUGGUCCCAGCUCUCUUCAGGUCAUUGACCAGGUCCUGCCGUGUAGUUCUGGGCUGAUCCCUCACCUUCCUCAUGAUCAUUGAUGCCCCACGAGGUGAAAUCUUGCAUGGAGCCCCAGACCGAGGGUGAUUGACCGUCAUCUUGAACUUCUUCCAUUUUCUAAUAAUUGCGCCAACAGUUGUUGCCUUCUCACCAAGCUGCUUGCCUAUUGUCCUGUAGCCCAUCCCAGCCUUGCGCAGGUCUACAAUUUUAUCCCUGAUGUCCUUACACAGCUCUCUGGUCUUGGCCAUUGUGGAGAGGUUGGAGUAUGUUUGAUUGAGUGUGUGGACAGGUGUCUUUUAUACAGGUAACGAGUUCAAACAGGUGCAGUUAAUACAGGUAAUGAGUGAAGAACAGGAGGGCUUCUUAAAGAAAAACUAACAGGUCUGUGAGAGCCGGAAUUCUUACUGGUUGGUAGGUGAUCAAAUACUUAUGUCAUGCAAUAAAAUGCAAAUUAAUUACUUAAAAAUCAUACAAUGUGAUUUUCAGGAUUUUUGUUUUAGAUUCCGUCUCUCACAGUCCUCUACAUGCUUUGUAAGUAGGAAAACCUGCAAAAUCGGCAGUGUAUCAAAUACUUGUUCUCCCCACUGUAUAUGUAGAACACCAGCUUACUGAGCCAGAAGAAGAAGCUAGAGGGCGACACAUCCCAGCUUCAGAAUGAAGUGGAGGAGGCUGUGCAGGAGUGCAGAAAUGCUGAGGAAAAGGCCAAGAAGGCCAUUACUGAUGCUGCCAUGAUGGCAGAGGAGCUGAAGAAGGAGCAGGACACCAGUGCUCACCUGGAGCGCAUGAAAAAGAACAUGGAGCAGACUAUCAAGGACCUGCAGCACCGCCUGGAUGAAGCUGAACAAAUCGCCAUGAAGGGUGGCAAGAAGCAGAUCCAGAAGCUGGAGGCCAGAGUAAGUGUCUAAGCUACAUUCCUUUCUAUUAAUUCAAUGUCACAUUUCAUAUUUCUAGACAUAUUUCUAUCUUCAAUAUUGAAAGUAGUGGUAACUAACAAAAUAAUUGGAAAUGGUGUGUUAACGUUGAUCAUAUCUUUCUAGGUGAGAGAGCUAGAGAGUGAAGUGGAAAUGGAGCAAAGGAGGAGCAGUGAUUCUGUGAAAGGAGUCCGUAAAUAUGAGAGACGCAUCAAGGAGCUCACAUACCAGGUACAUCAUAAACUUUAAGUUGAAAGUGCACUAUUAACAUGUUCAGAAUCAAAUGUAACAUUUAUAUUGUAUUCAGUAUGACUUAUGAUUUAUUCCAUUAUUUUUGGGUGCAGACUGAGGAAGACCGUAAGAAUUUGAGCCGUCUGCAGGACCUGGUGGACAAACUGCAGCUGAAGGUCAAAUCCUACAAGAGAACUUCAGAGGAGGCCGUAAGUAGAAAACCUUCCAUCAUCCAACUGAUGCAUUUGUAAUUCUCAAAUUGUUGUGUUUGCUAGAAACUUAAAUCAUAUUUAACAUUUUUCACAGGAGGAACAAGCCAAUGCCAAUUUGGGCAAGUUCCGUAAGAUUCAGCAUGAACUGGAUGAGGCAGAAGAGAGGGCUGAUAUUGCUGAGUCUCAGGUCAACAAGAUGAGAGCCAAGAGUCGUGAUGCCGGCUCCAAGGUCAGUGAAUUUGCUGUCAAUGUACAGUGUUGUAAUGGUUGUAAUUUUGCAGCUUCCCAUGGCAAAAGCCUCAACCUUAAAUAGUUUUAAAGUCUGGUAUCUGGGACUCUGUUUAAUGGUCAUUUCAAUUCUCGAUAUUCACCCAUGUAUUCCUGAAGAAAAUAAGUAAUAAAUGCAUAAUUUGUUACCAAGUAACUAUACAUACCUGUUGAAGUUCCCCAUUGUAAAAUUUCAACCAGAGUACACAGUAUAAAAUGUUUUACAGUACACAGUAAAAUUUUAAUCUUCUCAUAAUCCAUCCAUCCUCUCUGUCACAGAAGGGAAAGGAUGAGGAGUGA